AGUAGCUCCUGAUUUCCAGCCGCGGCUCGUGCAUCUGAGCAAAUACGCGCCCCCCUCGCUCCGUUGAGUUGUGUUUGUCGUUACGGGAUCCCGCCCGGGUUUUAUGCGAUUGUUUGGUCAUUGCUGCAGAUGUGAAUAUUUCGAUAGUGAGCAAUUUCAAACCUCGAGGAAAAUGGAUGAAAAUUGCCAACAAAAUGAAUUGAGAAGUGACACACCUGUAGAGGAGAAAGCCAAUCAGCCGGCAGUCACUCCUUUUUCCAUCGUGGACAUCCUCAGGAAGGACUCCUCGACUCACGAGAGCCUUGCCCAAGCGGAUGCAGACGUCACAGGCCGCUCUGAGAGUGAACAGGCAGAAGAGGAGGAUGCAAGAACUGGGCCUCGAGAGGAACUAGAUUGUUACGAGGACACCGCCAUUGAUAUGUCAACCAGGACGGACAUCCGAAUGACACCAGAAAAAUUUUCGCAGCACCGAAGUCGGCUGAAAGGUGACGUAUUCCAGUCCUCAAGUCUAUUUUUCAUCCGGCAUCCAGAGUACUUCAUGCAGUAUCAUCAUAAGUCCCCAAAGAGCCUCUAUUCAACUGCUCCGCUAUUUUCGGCCAAGUACGCUCCACAAGCCCAUCCUGAGGAGAUUAGUAAAUCGGGACCUCUACUGGACAGCGCCAGUCACCGGAAAAAACGGUCACGGGCUGCUUUCUCCCAUUCGCAGGUUUACGAGCUCGAGAAACGCUUCAACCAACAGAAAUACCUCUCCGGCCCCGAAAGAGCAGACUUGGCACACUCUCUUAAACUGACGGAGACGCAGGUGAAAAUCUGGUUCCAAAAUCGGCGUUACAAAACCAAGCGGAAACAGCUGCAACAGUUGGAAAACUCGAAUCUAACCACUGCUAGCUCCAACUCAAACGGGAAGAAAGUCGCUGUGAAAAUCCUGGUUCGGAAUGACCAACCGGUUCCUUUAGGCCCCGAAGGUCUCCUGGACUACGAUCUUGACGCAGAGGCUCCCAGCGAUCUCAUGUUGCACCUCAACAGCCUUCACUUCGCGAAACAGAAACGGGAUCGCUUCGGGCCGCCCAAGACCAAGGAGGAUGCUCUUUCCAGUUAUUUCGGACCGGGGCUACUGCCUUUUCCGUCCAGCUACUGUUAUUACCCAUCUUUGUACAGCGGUGUUGGGCACAGGAACAGCCCUUACGCAAAGAGUGAUGGGCAAGAUGAUAGGAAUGUGGCGGAUUCGGUCUCCACCGAUGAGAACUCAUCGUGCGCAUACCAGGAUUGAGGGGAAGUUCCAAAGUGAAGGCAAAGAGACAA